AAUUUGACAUUGAAAAUCACUUAUCUUCAUUUCCAAUUUUCCAUAAGCAAGCCAAUAUCCCCAUCAUCCAAUCCAAACUUCCACCCCUUUUAUCCACAUCCAUCUCCAUGGCCAUGGCAAUGGCUUCUUGUAUAUCAAAAUUUGCCAUUCUCAGCCCCACCCAGUUGACUAAACCCCCUAUUACUAACUUCAAUGGAAGCUUUGUAAAGUUUGCACCUUUUGCAAUCAAGAAUGCUUCACUUAUCCUAUCUUCUUCCCAAUGCAUUUCUAAUUUUCACCCACUUGUUCACAAAGGGAUCUUUGCUGCGGACUCUCAUGCUCAAAUUAGCAAACCCUUGACUGUUGUGUCUGCAAAAGGCUACAAAAUGAAGACCCACAAGGCUUCAGCAAAGCGAUUUCGAGUCACUGGAAGUGGGAAGAUUAUGAGGAGGAGGGCGGGGAAACAGCAUUUGCUUGCGAAGAAGAAUAAUAAGAGGAAGCUAAGGCUCUCCAAAAUGCUACAAGUUGAUCGCAGUGACUACAACAAUGUGAUUGGUGCAUUGCCCUAUCUGAAGGUAAAUCGACUGAAGUAGACACAUAACAUGGAUGAGCAAUGCCAAAUGUUAUACUGGUGAUUCUAGAUUUCUGUGAAAAGGAUGAAUUUCUUCUUUGUUGUAAUGUGUGUCUUCGGAAACAACACUCAUGUCUCCUGAUAAGGUUUAGUUUCUUAUAGUUUUCAAGUGCUUGAUCAAGUACCAUUGUUCACUCCCUUUUCUGGUGCACAUGAUACACCGUGCAUAAUGUUCUCAAUAUGCUUCACCUGGAGAGAAGCUUAAUUGUUCC